AGGGCGCGAGAGUGGAGGAGCGGCAGGCGUACCUGCAGCAGGUGGAGGACGAGUUGAAGGGCCGCUUGAACGAGACGCGGCAUGUCGGGGAGAACCUCGCGGCUGAGAAGGUGGCACUGCGAGCGGAACAGGCGAGACUGUUGGCGGAGCGGGCUGCUGUUGAGCAGGACCGCAGGCAGUGCAAUGAGGUGGCACACGGCUUCGUGGAGCGCGAGCGCCGCCUUAAGGAGGCGGAGAAGAAGUUGUCGCAAGUGAAGGACGACCUCGCGGCGUACGAGGCCUUUUUGCGCGCGAGGGGAAGUGAUGGGGCGUGA